GGCUCUUUUAGACCAGGAUGAAGAUAUUGAAAUUUACACUUAUGAUGUAAAUACCUUUAUUGUCAUUGGUCAUCCUCCUAUCCCAUAUAAUGAACGUCAUAAGUCCAAGUGUCAUUAUCAUCGUACAAUAUAUAAACGUCGUCAUCCCGUAAUUUACAGCAAACGUCAAUAUGGUAGUUCGGAAAAUUCUACAUCUUUUGCAUCAAUCUCGAAAAAUAAGAAUUGGUAUUCUUCUUUAUUGAUCAUUAGUGUUUUGAUUAUUAGAUCCUAUUUAUAA